AUGUUCUGGGAGGACAGAUCCAUUCUCUUCACCUUUGUACUGGUCUACAUCUCUUCCCAAGAGGCCGGUUUGAGUGAAGGACAUCAGAAUGGUCAGUGCGCUGACUUCAACAGCACCAGAUGGCUGUACCGACAGCAAAGAAUUAAACUGCAGGUCCAGUACCUGCUGCUGACCCGGGAAAACCAGGACUGUCCACAGAAGUUCACCCAGGCUUCCCUUUCCCAGCAGUCAUCUCACUUCAAUGUUUCCCAUCCUACAAAGGUCAUCAUCCAUGGAUACAGAGUCCCGGGAACUAAGCCGUCCUGGGUUAUGGAGCUGGCCCAGGCCCUGCUCAGGGCUCAGAAUGUGAAUGUUCUGGUGGUUGAUUGGGUCUAUGCUGCCUCCUUUGCAUACAACGUCGUAGUGGAGAAUUACAAAGAGGUGGCUCUGCAGAUCUCUGUCCUUAUCAAUCAGCUACAGAAUCAUGGAUGUAAACCAGAGUCUUUUCAUUUCCUUGGAAUCAGUCUCGGAGCACAUGUUGCUGGGUUUGUGGGGACUCUGUUUGAAGGAAAGAUUGGAAGAAUCACAGGUCUUGAUCCAGCUGGGCCCAUGUUUAAAAACGCUGACACUUACGACCGCCUGGACCCCUCUGAUGCUCAGUUUGUGGAUGCCAUCCAUACAGACUCUGACUAUUUUGGUAUCUCCAUUCCUGUUGGUCACAUUGACUUCUUCCUGAAUGGUGGGAAAGACCAGAAUGGAUGUUCCCGUUCCAGAUUUUCCUCAAUGUAUGGUUACGUGAUUUGUGACCACAUGAGGGCACUGCACGUCUACGUGAACGCGUUGAACAGUUCAUGCAAGUUGAUGGGGUUCCCGUGUUCCACUUAUGAGGACUUCCUGAAGGGGAACUGUGUGGACUGUGAACCCUUCAGUGGCACAUGUCCUGUGAUGGGAUUAUCUGAAAACAGCGGGAUCACCACUUCACCUCUUCCCAAAGAGCAGAAACUGUUCCUCCUCACAACUUCUUCACCUCCAUUUUGUGCCCAUCACAUCCUGCUAAAGCUGGAGGUUUCAGACUUGGAGAAGAGCGCUGAGGUGGAGGUGACCCUGAUGACAGGGAGCCAGCGGACAGAGCAACGACUCAGGCUGUAUGUAUCACAUGACUGA